AUGUCUUCUCUCAGGACUGUUUUAAAUGAAUCUCUCAUCAUUCAUCCUCCAGGCUUCUAUAUCAUCGGAUUUGAGACAUUUUCCUACAUUAGUGUCUACAUUAUAUUUCUAGCGUUUGUCUAUGUGGUCACACUAGUGUUCAAUAUUUUAUUGAUCUAUAUAAUUGCCCGUAACCACUGCUUACACACUCCAAAAUUUCUGGCUGUUGUAAACCUCGCAGUAAUUGAUGUAAUCUUAAACACAAGCACUAUUCCCAGCAUGAUUAAGACAUUCCUCUUCAAGGCCAACUUUAUUCCAUUCAACCUCUGUCUGUUGCAAAUGUUUAUGUACUACACUUUUGGGACUUUGGAGUCAUAUGCACUCGCUAUACUUGCUUAUGACCGGUUGAUUGCAAUAUGUUUCCCUCUGCGUCACAACUCCAUCAACACAAUACGGAGCAUGUCAUGUAUUGUCGGCCUGACUUGGUGUUAUACUCUGGGAGUAAUAGCAUUUUCAACAGUUAUAAUGACUCGACUUUCUUUUUGUAAAUCUGUCAGAGUGUUCAGCUAUUUCUGUGACUAUGCGCCUGUGUUUAGACUUGCCUGUAAUGAUUACACAUUGCAGGCGUCAGUUGCUUCAGCUUCUAGUAUGGUGAAUCUGAUGGGCCCUUUUACUUUUAUUAUUCUGUCUUAUGUCAGCAUCCUGGUCACGGUGUUCAGGAUGAAAUCACUAAGCAGUAGGAUGAAAGCUCUGGCCACUUGCAUUGAGCACCUAGUCCUUGUUGCCGUAUUUUACCUUCCGUUAUUCAGCAUUUUCUUGAUGGGGCUUUAUGUGCGAUCCAUUGACCCGGACCAGCGUGUGCUGAGCCUGUCGCUGGCCUCUUGCAUCCCACCCUGCAUCAAUUCUAUUGUCUAUUCUUUGAAAACCAAAGAGAUUAAAACCAGAGCCCUAGCACUGGUACACAGAAUGAAAACAAGCCCUUGACCAUUUUCUCUGUCAUUCAAAAGUAAUCUUUGAUGUGUGUGUGUGGUGUGUGUAUGUGUGUGCAUGUACAUGUACAUGUGCAGUGUCAUAUGAUGUAUUUUUUAUGAAUCAAUAAUGGGUUUUUCUUAAUAUAUUAAGUUAAUAUUCAAGUAAAUAAAAUGUCAAAAUACAUAUUACUGACUUAUUUGGACAUUAAAUACACUUGGCUGUAUUUGAAUGGAAUUGUUUGCUAUUUGUACAGAUGACUGCUCUGGGUCUUAUGUGUUAUCUGAAAGACUCAUAUCUGAAAUACUUUGCUUUUAUUUUACUGUAUCUCAUAAUUAUAUCCCUCAUAAAUGAUCUGA